AUGGAUCCUGGGCGGGCAGCAAUGAUUGCCGGCGGUAGAAGCCGGCGGUCUCCCGAACGACGCGACCCCACGGGUCCCCGACGCGACAACCGCACUCGCAUCGUGAAGCCUUACGCCCCUGGCCCGUCGCAUUCAGGCUCAGGCUACAGCUCCGGCUCCAACUCGAGACAGCCGUAUCACGGCAACUCGCGCGAUUCACGGUCUCGACCGAGUGAAUCUCGAAACAACGGCAGCGGUCCUAGCGACGCGCGUGGCGGCGGACAGUACAUGACGGAAGAGCAGCUCUCGGAGCGCUUCGUCGCGCAAGAAGACUCGUUUGUGCUCAAGCAGUCCAAGAGCAAGGCCGACAUUCGCGUGCGCGAGCGGCGGGCCAAGCCAAUCGACCUGCUGGCGUUCAACCUGCGCUUCGUCGACGAGGACCACGACACGUUUGACGACAAGGACACGGACGCCGACAUUGAGUAUCCGCUGCCUGACGCCGUGAUUGCAUCGGCCGACGACGCCGCCCUCGACGAGCUGGAGGCGGACGUCAAGUCGUUCCGCACGCUCGAAAAGCGGCGGGCGAACCGCCGGUACUGGCAGGCGGUGCUGGUGCUGGUGCGGGCGGCGCGCGACGAGCGGCGGGAGCGGCGACACGGCGCGCAGCAACUGCAGCGGCAGGCGUCCGACGUCGUGCUGACGGACGUGGACAAGAUUCUGCACACCAAGACGCUGGCGCAGCUCGAAGAGAUGGAGAAGAAGAUUGAGGCGAAGCUGCGGUCGGACGAGACGCUGGAGACGGACCACUGGGAGCAGAUGCUGAAGCGGCUGCACGUGUGGAAGGCCAAGGCCGAGUUGGCGGUGGUCAACGAUGCGUCGCGGGCGAAGCGGCUGGCGCUGCGGAAAGAGGCGGCAGCAGCACGGGCAGCGGCGGGGGGUGGCGCAGACGACGACAAGGCCGGAAUCGAAGAGAAGGACAGCGACGACGGCGAGCCGUCCACUGCCGUGACCAAGACGACAACCGCCGCUUCUGGUGGGGACGCCCCGCCUCCCGGCACCGAACGCUUCUCGGCGGUCGCCAGCGAAGACUUCUCACAGGCCACGCGGGCCCUGUACGAGCGCGAGGUCGCACGCGGCGUCAGCGAGAACGAGGAGAUCUUUGCGGCCGAAGAGGUCGUGCCCACGGCGUCGGCACCCAAGUGGUCGGACAAGUACCGGCCGCGCAAGCCGCGCUACUUCAACCGCGUGCAGAUGGGCUACGAGUGGAACAAGUACAACCAGACGCACUACGACCACGACAACCCGCCGCCCAAGGUCGUGCAGGGCUACAAGUUCAACAUUUUCUACCCGGAGCUCAUCGACAAGACCAAGGCACCGACGUACCACAUUACGCGCGAAGGCGGGCGGCGCAAGGGCGAGUCCUUUGCGCCCGCGGGAGAGGAGGACACGUGUCUGAUCCGGUUCUCGGCGGGCCCGCCAUACGAGGACAUUGCGUUCCGCAUCGUCGACCGGGAAUGGGACUACAGCGCCAAGCGGGAGCGCGGCUUCCGGAGCGUGUUUGAGAAGGGCAUUUUGCAGCUGCACUUUCAGUUCAAGAAGAUUUACUACAGGAAGUAG